AUGACUAUUCGUUAUACAUACACCCUCGAGGAGACGGACCUCAUCGUCCAAAUUUGGAUGGAGGAGACCAACGACGCCAUCCGUGGUGUUGAUCAAAAGGGGGAGGCGUAUUGGACAUGGAUUCUCGACCGUGUCAACCCCCUCAUCGGCGCCAACUUCAAAUACCGCCAAUUUCAAGGGCACUGGGCCCGAGUGAGCGCGGAUGUGCGGCUUUGGAAAAGUAUUUGGACAGAGACGCACACCAGGUGGCCUUCCGGCCAUUCGGACGACAUGCUCCGGGACAAGGCCCAAAUCCUCUUUAAAAGUAGGAGCCCAAAUAAGAGCGCGUUCAACUAUUGGAACGCGUGGAAAAUUCUCCGGAACAACCACAAGUUCAAGUCGAUGUACCUCGAAGGAGAUAUGUAUUCCUCGAAAAGGAUGAAGACUACGAAAACGGGCGAAUUCACCACCUCGGCGUCGGGUGAGGAGAUCUCAUCUUCCCGGCCAAUUGGAAACAAGUACGCCAAGAAGAACGAGCUCAAGAGGGAGGAGCUCGAUAUGAAGCUCCUCAGCACGGAUACUACCCACAUGACGGAUGCAGAAAGGACAUUGCUCAACUACAUGGUCUAA